AGAGAGCAGCACACCGGGACGAGCUCGCUUGCCUGGGUUGCGUUACGUUGCGUUGCGUUGCAGAGCACACACGGCGAGGUCGUUGGGCAUGGCAUGGGCAUCAAGCCCGUAUUCCGUCAAGCGCACGCGUAUCCACUCGAGGUGUUGACAGGAAGCUAUUGUCUUGGCAGGCCGAGCUCUGUCGGGAUGGAAAUGAGAACGAUGUCGUGUGGUUGAUGCGCCAUAGAAAGAAGGAAGGACGUUGCGUACGGGGAUGAUUGGCGGGAGAAACGGCGCGGGCGGCGUUCGGUCAGCUUUCCACGGGUUCAAUAGAUUAUUGCAUAACACUCAUACCAGGGCUUUAUUGCAUAGAGCCGGAGUUGCCUCUCCGACCACUCCCCCAAGCUUCCGCGUCGCAAAACGCCCCUUUCAUCGAUCCACGCGUACACGUGCUAUGAGAGCUACGACAAUGGACCGGUUGUCCCUCCUCGACGCCUUUUUCUGCCCUUUCCGUCCGCAUCAAAGCUUGUCGUCGUCUGCUAGGGACUGGCGUAGCGCCACAGGCGAAAGACACUGUUAUGCGUACGCGGCUUUCCUUCGAGCAACAACUCCGCCCAGAUUUACUAACCGGCGGGAUCGGACUGCCGCGUCGACUGGAAUAACCUCGCUACUUAUUGAGCUGAUUCCAAGCAUGAAGACUUGUCUUGAAAAGGGAUCAAGAUUCGAGAACCCAAAUCUCUCUCAUCAUGACAGUCGCUAUAGUCUGGGAACUACGGCGGCCCUGGUUUCCGCCUCCCAUCGCUACAACGCUUACCGAAAUGUCUCGGACGCCAAAAAUCCGACGCAAUGUCGUCCGUGGAUGUCUGCGCGACGCCAGUGAGCGCGAGAGAGCCUGACUGUGUGCGACCUGUAAG